AUGAUCAAAUUCUGGUUUGACAAUCACCCAAGGAAAAAAUAUACUUGGAAGAGUCACGGAGACAAGGUGAGUAAUAUGUCUGAUUGCAUUAAAAUAAAUAGACGAUUUCGAAAUGCUGUUUUACAAUGCAAAAGUUACUCUGGAGCUGAUUUUGGCAGUGAUCAUAACCCAGUUGUUUAUAAAAUCAAAAUAAAGUUAAAGAAAAUCAAGAGUGAAGUGGCCCGAAAAAUUUGGAAUUUUGUCAGUCUGUCACAAAAUGAUGAGAUCAAGGUCAAGUAUAACGUUGAAGUACGGAAUCGUUUUCAGUUAUUGACCGAAGACGUAAACAAAUCUAAAUGUGAAAUAUAUAGAGAUGCCUUCAUAGAAUCAGUGAGGAAAGUUAUACCUGUGAAAGAGCAAAGAAUAGUUUAG